GAGCGAGCGCCGCUUUGUGUCGCGACUCGCGAGACGAGCGCCCGCGCCUGCACAUUGUUAGCUAUCUCUGUGAAAUGUAAUAAACAAUCACUUACAAAGUGAACGCUCAUUAUUUUUAAAUCAAAUACCAUAGUUAAAUAAUUGUGAAGUGUGAUUCUGAUUAUGCAAGUGUACGUAGGCAAUUCAACCCAGUUACCGUUGAGGUGGUAUACCUAACUAUCGCAGCUGUUGAAAAUCUGUGCUAACAGAUAUGUGCCAAAUGAUGCAAAUGUGCUAGUUUCGGAUCAUACACCUCGCACUCUUUCAUCGAGAAGUAAGUAGAGUGAAUAGUGUUAAUGAGUCACGUAUUGUGAAGUGCCCGGAUGAGUCAGUGAGCGCGGGGCUGGUCGCGGGGUGAUGCGCGGCGAGUGCGAGGGGCGCGGCGGGGCGGGCGAGGGGCGCGCGGGGGCGGGCGAGGGGCGCGCGGGGGUGGGCGAGGGGCGCGCGGGGUGGGCCGCGCUGGUGAGCUGGCUGCGCCGCGCCGCGUCCAGCGACAGCGUGUCGAGCGGCGCCUCCGACCGCACCGCCGCCAGCUUCGCGUACCUGCCGGGCGGCGCCUGGCCCGCGCCCGCCCCCCGCGCGCCGCCCUCCCCGCCGCCCGACGCGUACCGCCGCCGCGUGCAGGACCUGCGCCGCGGCUACGAGCGCCACCUCACGCUGCACCGCAAGUACCUGCUGCCGCUGGGCGAGGCGCGCUACGCGAGCACGGUGCCGGCGCGCGCGGGGCGGGGGGGGCGGGGGGACACGCUGCGCCGCGCGCACGUGCCGGGCAAGCGCCCCGCGCCCCCGCCCCCCGGCCGCGCCGCCAAGCGCCCCGCGCCGCAGCCGCCCACGCCCCGCGCCGCGCCCACCGAGAGCGCCACUCUCCCUGCUCCCCGCAACCAACAACGUGAGAACACAAUGAAUUCCAGUGACCGCGACACACCUGCUAACAAACCUUCAAUUUUAGGAGAACAGAACAAUAACAAAACUUCUCAUGUAAAACCGGAGAGACCGAAAAGCGAAGUGAUUACGAAAAUUCGUCAGGACAAAAGUUUCUUGCGGCAAAUAUUCGAAAGCAAAUCGAAACGAAACUCAUCCCUCGAUGUUCCACCGGUGAAACUGUUGCCGAAUAUCAGUGAGCUGGACAAGCAGGCUGCCGAGCUACUGAAGUCUUACAAAUUAAAGGCUUGCGAAAACAAUUCAGGUUCAGCAAGAAGCAGUGGUGACGGAGCCAUGGCGCAUAAGAACUCCGGUGAGACUUGGUUCUGCACCCGCUGUCUCAAGAAGUACGACGCGACGAUGGUGACGUGCCUGGAGUGCCUGGCGGGCGCCGGGCUGCCGCGGCCGGGCCGAGCGGUCAAGCACGAGGAUACGCAGACUAACGGUGUCAACCAACCAUCUCGCAAUGGAACCUCCAACAACAAUACUAUGGAAGAUAAAGAGCUCCUUAAAGAAAUGCUCAAGGAAAUGAAACAUUCGUUGCCAAAAAGGUCAAACACGGUUAUUAAUGGACUCGGUAAAAAGAAAGCUAAUCAGUAUGAAGAUAUUUAUAUAAGUAAAGAAGCUCCUACUCUACCUAUGGGUUCAACAGUUGACCCGAUUUAUAAAAUUGAACCGUCUUCCUCGAAACAAACUGUGAAUAAUUUGCCGGAAAAUAAAGUGAACAGUGUUAGAAACUCACCAGUUAUUAAAGAAAAUUUGCGGCCGAAAGAAUCGGUCGUUAUAACACAAACCACUGUAAUAGUAGAUAAUUCUAAUAAAGAAAAUGAAAAGAGACUUGAAGCUACACGAAAGAAUACUGCCACCCCAGGAAAAGCAUCGCUAGAAACAGAAAAGCCAACUACAGGAACUAAUAGUGGAAAACUCUCUGAAUCACUAACGAUAUCUAUGCUUUUAAAUCCAGUGUAUGUCCCUAAACAAAGUGUGACUAAAGAUAACAAUAUCUCAAACUUUUCUUUGAAGCAAUCUUUUUUAAAUCAACCUUCUCCAAGCAGUGCGACCAAAACACCAGCGUCUACCGCACCCUCAACUUCUUUCACUAAAUUUGAAGCCACUCCUGUGAUAAUACCUACGACCUCUGAAACCAAAUCUACCGAAGCCACUUCCAAAAUGCCUACAGUGAUACAGGGUGAAUCAGGAAGCAAGGAAGCAAAUGCUAUACCAUGUUCAAAUGUAAUAACUAAUUUAGAUACUCGUAAAGUUAACACAAACAAUAACCAAACAAAAGAAACUGCUGUAACAGUAAAAAUUAUUAAAGCAACUGAAAAUAAGCCAUCAUCACCGAAAGUAGAGAUAAAAAAUAAGGAUAAUCUUAUUAAACCGGAUACAAAACCGUUAAAUGUCGACGCAAAAACCAAUCCAGUGGCAGCGAUAUCACCAUCAGAUAUUAAACCAGUUAGCCAAGCAGCGAUGCCGUCCACUUCUUCAACAGUGGCGACGUCGUCGAAUGUCGAGACAGGGAAAGGCAAAGCUCACGUCCGUUUGUCAGGGGAGUUGUCCAAGAGGCGGGAUCUGAUUGCUCAGCUGGAGACGUCGAUAGCGUCGGGCGACGAGCGCGCGGCGGCGGAGGCGGCCUCGCGCCUCGCGCAGCUCAGGCUGUCCUGCUCCGUGCUCUCCUUCUCCUCACAAAUCAUCAACGAUGCGGUACCCACUAUGGCUGAAACCACCAAAACGUCCAAAGUCACUAUAAAACCAACGGAGAGUAGGUCAAAUGAGAAAAGAGAUAAAGUACCGCCAAAGAAAAUUGAUUCAUCGACCCAAUCAGAAGGAACUAAGUGUAUAAAAGUAGUAUCCGCACCUAAACGAGAAAUCGUUGCAGCAGUAAAAAAUACAACCGAAUCUAGCGGCGUCGAAUCAAUACCCAACGGCUGUGAUAAAAUAAAUGUAGCACCUAAAGAAUGUGUAAAAACUGAAGUUGCGAAAGCUUCCUCAGCAACUCCAUCUACUUCGAAAGAACAAAAUGAAGACAGCGAAGAUUCUGUUAUCAUCUCGGUGUGGGUGGAGGACAAGUGGUGCGCGCGCGGGCCGGUGCGGCUGCAGGUGCGUCGCGGCGCGUCGCUGGGCUCGCUGCGGCGCGCGGCCGAGACCCGCCUGGGGCUGCCCGCGCCGCUGCAGCGCUGGGUCGUGGGCCGCGCGCUCGCCGCCCGGGAUACCGACACGCUGGAGCAGCUGGCCGGGGAGAAGCUCGACCAACCCUUCUACUUGUGCCUGGUGGAGCCUGAAACCAAUAGUAAAGAGGCCAGUGUCUCCACGUCGGUCCCGGUGGCAGGCCCGUCCUCGGAUACCCAGUCGCCAUCCACGUCCAGCCAGCAGCUCCCGGCGACCGCGCCUCCCCCGGCGGGCGCGUCCGUGUACGCUGCGCUGGUGCUGGCGGAGCAGCAGGCGCUGACGCCGAGUCCGUGCGCGUUCGAGUGCGGCGUGUGCGUGGAGCGCGUGGAGGGCGCGGCGGGCGUGCUGCUGCACGAGUGCGGCCACGCCUUCUGCCGCGCGUGCCUGGCCGCGGUGGCGGAGCACUGCGCCGAGGCGGCCGCGCCGUGCCCCGAGCCGGGCUGCGCGGGCGCGCUCACGGCCCGCGAGGAGCGCGCGCUGCUGAGCGCCGAGCAGUGGGAGCGCCGCCUGGCCCGCAGCCUCGCCGCGGCCGAGAGCUCUGCGCCGCACUCCUUCCACUGCCGCACCCGGGACUGCGCCGGCUGGGCGCUGUGCGAGCCGCCCGUCGCGCGCUUCCACUGCCCCGUCUGCCAGCGAGUCAACUGCCUGCCUUGCCAGGCAGUGCACGAGGGCGAGACGUGCUCGGAGCACCGGGCGCGGCUGCAGCGCGCGGCGGCGGCGGCGGCGGGCGCGGCGGACGCGGGCACGCGCGCGCUGCUGGCCGACCUCACGGCGCGCGGCGAGGCGCUGGCGUGCCCGCAGUGCGGCGCCGUCAUCACCAAGAAGUGGGGCUGCGACUGGGUGCGCUGCGCGGCGUGCAAGACGGAGAUCUGCUGGGUGACGCGCGGGCGCCGCUGGGGGCCCGGCGGCAAGGGCGACACCAGCGCCGGCUGCCGCUGCGGCGUCGACGGCCGGCGCUGCCACCCCUCCUGCGGGUACUGCCACUAGUCAACUGCUAACUGAUAUGUUGACGUCUUUAAUGGUGCCCGCCAUAUGUCAAGCUGUUAUUAUUAACAAUCUACUAUUCGGUGUUUAAUCUCUCGAUCUCAACGACUUUGUAUUAUACAAAGUCCUUGCUCGAUCUAAUCAUCAAAGGUUAUGUGUCGAUAACUUUCAAUGGGAGUUAAAAAGUAUACUUAGUUUGAUUUGAAAAAGUUUCUAUAAACAUAUUUCAUGUGGCUAGUACACUACUCAUACAUUAGUAUAAGGUGUCUAUGUCUAUAUUAUUAUAAAAUAAAUUAAUUUGUAUGGUAAAA